AUGUCAAGUUCCCUAAAAUAAUCUGCACUAUUAGCUGCUUUUAAUCAUAAGGGCAUAAAUCCAUUACCAAAGUAUGAGGACAUCCGAAUAGGUCCUCCAAUAGUUCAUUCCAAACCUUAAUAAAUCAAAGAGAAGUCUUAUUUUUAAUAAUAAGAAAAAAAGAUAAAUCAAUCCCAAGUUUAGAAAUAAAAUGGACCAUAAGAAUCUGCAAUUGUUUAGCAUAUACGAAUAAUUUUUAUGUUUUAUGUAUAAUUUGGCAAUAAAACAAACAUUUAAUAUUUAAAAUCAAGUAAAUUUAUUAAAGCUAUUGCAGAUGCUAAUAUAAUUACAUAGGGUAUUUAUAAUAUUAUUAAAAUUAGAAUUAACUAGUAAAGAUCUAGAUAUUUUAUAUUUCUAAACAACAAAAAAUACAGAAACUUUAACCUUAGACUAAUUUAAAGAUUUACUUGUAAAAAUAGCAACUAAAUUAUAUAAAUUUCCAGAAUAAUCAAAAUCUUUUGUUUUACUUUAUAAAAAUCAUUUAUCUAAACUAUAUGAAAAAAUAAAUGAUUAAACAGAUUUUGGUUAUGAUUUAAAGAGAAUUGAGGUUUGUCGUAAUUAAAUUAAUGAAUAAUUUUUGGAAAUAAUCUCUUAGGUUUAAGGAUUAUUGUCUAAAAUACAUGGUUAUAUUUUUUUAGAUUAAAGUUAAAAAGUUUCUUAAAUUUAAAGUUAAUACAUGCAUUUUCUAUAAUAAUUUGAAAUAAUUCCUUUAAUAAUUACAUAAACAAAGGGUUAGAUGAUAUUUUUUGAUUUGUUUCAUAGAGAUUCAAUCUUAAAUUUAAAGAAUGAUGGAAAAUAUUUAUUUAAUUUCUCAAAAUUUGUUGAAAGUUUAAUUAUCAUUUCAUUUCAUUAAAUAUAAGAAGAUAAUUAAAAUGGAUUAGAUUUAUUUUUUUAAUUAUUAGAAAGAUUGGAAAAUUCUUAAGGAUUUUAAUAUUUUUCAAAGUAAAAUAAUUAAACAAAGAAUGAAUAAACUUAAUUAGUGAUGCCAUUGAGUAGAGUAAAUUCUGCAAAAUAGAGUAGAAUUUCAACAGUUUAUUAAUCUUAGUAAUAAUAAUAAUAAUAAAAUUCAAAUUUAAAAUAAUCGUAAUUAUUAAUUGAAGAUUAUAAAUAAUCAUAAAUUAAUUCUUAAAUACCUUAUGAAAAAGAAUUGAGAAAUAUAUUUGAAUAUUAUUCCUAAAUAGGAGAACCAUUAAAUUUAGUAAAUUUAAAAAGUAUUAAAUAUAAAAAGCUUUUAUAAAAUUGUAAUAUUAUUGGAAAUUUGAUCACUUAAGUAGAUGCUGAUAUGUUUUAUAUAUAAUCAACACCUAAAAAGAAAUUAGAUUCAACCAAAAGUCCAAAAUUUAAAGUUAAUAAAUUAUAUGAUAAUGAUAAUUAAAAUGGUAAAAUGGAUUUUAUAAAUUUUUAUAAUUCUUUAUAAUUGAUAGCAGAGAAAUUUAAUGGUAAUGAUAUUACAGGAUUAAUUGAAUAAUAUUUAAUACCUCUUGAAACAUAAUUAAGAAUAGAAAAAUAAGAGUAUAUUUUAUAGAUUUUGAUGUUAAUUUUAGAUGAUCCCAGAAUAGUAUUAUUAUAUAAUAAUUAUUCUUUAGAUUAAAUUAUUUGAAAUUAUGUAAGAACAUUUUGAACCAUAUUAUAACCAUUAUACAAAAGAUUUAAUGACACUUUCUGGAUUUAUGAAAUUUAGUUAAGAUUUUGAAUUAGCAAAUUCAAUAGUAUCUAAAGGAUAACUUAUGCAUGUUUUCAAGGCAAUUGCAUCUCUAAAUAAUACUGAUACAAUUGAUAAACAUUAAUUUGUUGAAGCCAUUAGUGUAAUAGCUAUUUUAAUUUACAAUAAUGUUAAUGAUAAUGAAUAAAAAGUAAAUAAUAAUAUAAAUAAUAGAUAAUAUAUUUAUUAGAAAGAAUAACUUAAAGUAAUGGUGCAAUAAAAGUAUCUAAAUAAUUAGGAAUAAUGAGAAAUCCAUAAAAUACAAAUUUAAUUUAAUUGUUUCGUUAUUAAUCUCAUAAAAAUUUAAUAAACAAAGAUGAAAUUAACUUUAAUAAAAUAAUAAACUAAAUUUAAGAUGAUUUUUGA